GAUCGCCUCCUGUGUCAGAAGCCCGAAGAGAACUCAGGCGGAAUGACGUUGAAGUAUCUCAGCCUCGACGCCGAGGUCCGAUUUCGCGAGGUCCUGAUGGGCGCGCGGUCGGUGCUCUUCGCCGGUGGCACGCUCACACCGCACGCAGAGUUCACGCCGCUGCUGCAAGGCAGAGGACUUCCCCGAAUUUUCUCUGGCGUCCAUGUCGUGCCGUCAGAACAGCUGUUUGUCCGCUUCGUUACCCACGGCCCGGGGGGCCAGCAGCUUGACUUUAGGCGCGACCGCCGCAGCUCCAAUGACAUGCUGCGAGAGCUGCGUGGUGUUCUCAACACCGCGGCAGCAUCCACUCGGGGUGGUGUCGUUGUUUUCUUCCCAUCUUUCGAAUAUCUCGGUCAAGUGGCUUCGUCUUUCACACGAGGAUGCGGUGGCCGCCGGGUGUUCCAAGAGACGCGGGAAGGAUCUUCGAGAGAGGAGGCCGGAGGCAGCCUCCUCCAACGUGUCGCAGAGACGAUCCAGAAGGAGGAAGGGGCCGUGCUCUUCGCAGUGAGUGGCGGAAAGCUAAGCGAAGGAAUCAACUUCCAGGACGACCUCUGCCGCCUCGUGCUUGUCGUUGGCCUUCCAUAUCCCAACGCCUCUGACUUGGCACUGACAGAAAAGAUGCGCUUCCUGGAUGCGGCUCGCGCGCGAGGCUCUCAAGGCCUGAGCGGGCGAGAGUUUUACAGCGCCAAGUGCAUGAAAGCCGUGAACCAAUGUAUUGGCCGGAGCAUUCGUCACGCAAGGGAUUGGGCGGCGAUGCUUCUGCUGGACCACCGCUACGCACAGAAAGACAUUGCAGGCCAGCUCUCGCGCUGGAUUCGCGAGUCGGCGGCACCGGGGCCCUUCCCGGAGGUCCAGAGCCAACUUUGCAAGUUCUUCGCAGCCCGCCGCGAAGCAGAG